AUGGCUACGCCCAUCAUCGAAGCCAAAUCUCUCUCGUCGCUUACCGCUCUUGCUUCCAACCCACCAGCUUAUCCAAGGAAUCCUACUCAUGAGAGGCAUGAGCCACUAGUACUGUAUAUCGCCCGUGUUCCUGGCAGCAGAGAUGUCUUCUUAUCUCCGAUGAAGCCGCGGGAGAAGGUGGUGACUGCAGAAGACAUACAAAGCUCACUCUACUUCGUCCACGUUGAGCAACCAGAAGAUGCUUACCUUGUCAACCCUCCCGAAGUCCAGGAUCCGGAUCAUCUACAACAGAAUCAGAUUCCUUUCAACUCUGCCUCUACACCUGUCGUUCUUAGAAAAGCGGUACCCGGCAUAACUACUGCCCCCAUCCGAAAACCUGUUCCUAGCACUCUCGCGCCCAUCAACAAUUAUUCAAACAACCAAAACAUCGAUGCAGGUAAUUAUGCGCGGAGGUCUGCAAUGCUCGCCCCAGACUAUAGCCAAAGCCCACGACGUUCAUUCGAUUCAAACCAGUACCAACAAGAAAACCGGAGACCGACAGCUUCACCACGCAGACGAUCGGAGAACCCAUCACGUGCUAGUGCGUCACUCACUCUUAUCCGGCGAGAUCCUGCAUCUGGCGCGCAAUGGAAUGUUGCUCGCAUUGAGGAUCCUCCUGUCCUGGAUAUUUCGUCUCAAACAUCGAAUGAUCCUAGCACCAAGAAAAAGAUCGGAGCGCCAAUGUACAUCGAAGUGUUCAAUCCCGGCUACUCCAAGUUUCUCCAUUCCAACACCACUAGCAAGCCUCCUCUGGAAAGCCGAGAUAGUGGCACGUCUAUCCAAACAUUGCAGACAGGGAAUCACCCAUCGGUGAACGAGAAUGUCUUUCGCCGGCGCAUCUGGAUGGAAGGAUCACAGCAUACAGGUGGCUUUGGACAUAGGAAAAUCAAUUCCCGUGACCACAACACCGGACGCCCUGACUCAAGAGGUAGUUAUAAUGCGCAGACCAACUUUGCGUCAACAGAUGUGCGGCCUCCUCCCACCCCUCCAUUUAUGACACGGGAAGACCAGACGUAUAGUAGCAUUCAAGUCUCUGAUAGGCAAACAAGUUUCCGCGGUUAUGUCUUUACAAGUCCGUGGAACGGCCGAUGCGAGUUCGUCACGGGAGUAGGCGGGGGGUCUUUAAAGUGUCGACACAUCGUCCCAGGGCUUCAAGGAGCGCCGUCCACAGCCAUGACGGUUAGCGAAGUAAGAUUCAACCUUCCGAGUGGUCCGAAAGGCACCACACCGAGAGGCGAAGAAUCCUCAAAACGCUCCUCAUUCUUUCGUCGAGGGCGACACAGUCGCAACAACUCGUCUCCAUCACUUGGCUGUGAUGAUGAUACCGAAGAGGCUAGAAGCUCGUUGGAUCGUUUGGAUCUUUCUCUAGGUCAGGAGUUCGCGGGUGGUGGUUUUGGUGGCAAGCAAGCGAAGUUGGGAAAGAUCAUUCUGGAAGACGAAGGCCUGAAGAUGAUGGACCUGCUAGUCGCAGCGAAUAUGGGACUAUGGUGGAGGGCCUAUGAGAAAGCAAGUGGAGGCUCUAUGGGUACUCUACAACAAGCUGACCAUAGCCAUGGUUAA